AUGGAAAAUGUUUUAAGUAAUGAAAAUAUUAAGAAGGAUAUAGAAAAGCAGAAUGAAAUAGUACAUGAUACUAUUGAAGUGAAGUCUAUGUGUAUAAAUUGCGAACAGGAGGGAGUAAAUAAAAUUUUAAAAUUUGAAAUCCCGUAUUUUAAAAAUAUUUUAAUACAUUCUUUUGAAUGUACACUUUGCAAUUAUAGAAAUAAUACUAUUCAAGAUUUAAACCCAAUAAAAGAAAAGGGUGUUAAAAUAAUUUUUAGCGUAACAAAAAAUGAGCACUUAGAUAGGCAACUGAUUAAAUCAGAAUAUGGAGUUUUUAAAAUUCCCGAAAUAAAUUUUGAAAUACCAAAAGAAACACAAAAAGGAUCUAUAAAUACAAUUGAAGGUUUUAUACAAACAGCAUUAAGUAAUCUUACAGAUUAUUUUAUAAACUUAAAAAAUAUGUAUAAUGAAGCAAACAAUAUUGUUGACGAUAAUGUAAACAAUAAAUCUGAAGAAGUAGAGAAAAAUGUAAAUGGUAAUAUAAAUAAAAUAGAAGAAAAAGAAGAAUUAAAUAAAAAUGAUGGAAUAAAUGAUAUAAACAACAAUAAUUAUAGUGCUAAAGAUGAUGAAAACACUUCAGAGUCAAACGAAAAAUAUCACCAAAUUACAAUAGAAAAUUAUAUGAGUAUGAUUGAAAAAACAAUAAACGAUUUAUCGAGAUUUGUUAUAUCGAAGGAAUUGCCUUUUACUGUUGAAAUUAUAGACCCAUCUGGAUUAAGUUCAUUAGAAUAUUAUGAUGAAGAUAUAAACUCUAAAACAGUUAUAAUAGAACACUACCAAAGAAGUAAACAAGAAUUACAUGAGUUAGGCUUUUAUGAAGAAGAUUUUGAGGAAAAAAAAAAGGAUGAAGAAAUUAAACAAAAUAAUUUAAAUGUAAAUGAAAACCAAUCAAUUGAUAAAGGGGAUCAAAUAAAAAAAGAGAAUUUCGACUUUAUAAAAAAAUAUGUUCAUAUGAAUAAUAAUAGUAAUGGAUCGAAUAAUAUGUCUGUCAAAUAUAAAACCAUAAAUGAAGGUGAAGAAAGUAAACUUAUUGAAUCAUUUACAUCCAAUUGUCCAUGCUGCAAUUAUCUAGGAGAUAAUAAUUUUUGCGAAAUUAAUAUACCUGGUUUUAAAAAAUGUUUAAUUUUAUCAUAUGUUUGUCCUAAUUGUAAUUAUAAAACGAGUGAAAUUAAAAGCAGUGGCGAAAUUAACCCUAAAGGAAAAAAAAUUACCUUAACAGUUAAAAAUAAAAGUGAUUUAAACAGAUUUGUGAUUAAAUCUGAAACAGCAUCAAUCCAAAUUCCAAUUAUUGAUCUAACAUCUGAUUAUGGAACACUUGGAGGAUCACUUACUACCGUCGAAGGAAUAAUUAUGCAAAUAAUAGAAUCAUUGGAAGAUAAAUUUAAAUUUUUACUUGGUGAUUCAAGUGUAAACACACAUAUAAGUAAUGAUGAAAAUAAUACAAGCAAUAAUGAUGAGUCUGUUGCAAAUAAAAUUAAAAAUAUCAUCUCUAAUUUAUAUAAGUUAUGCAAAACAGAAGAAAUGUUUCCAUUUGAUUUAAUAAUUGAUGACAUUGCAUCAAAUAGUUACAUAUCUUUUGACCAAAUUGGAGACGAUACUAAUUUAAAAGAAGAAGAAUAUGAAAGAAAUUUUGAACAAAAUGAUAUGUUAGGUAUUACAUCUAUGGAUGUAAAUUAG